AUGUUUAUAGUUUUAGUACGACAUAACUUAAUGUACAUUCAUUUUGGGAUUGAUCUAAAGUAUUGCAUGGAAUUUAUAUUUAUUUGCUCUCUUAAUCAUUUUCUCAUGCGGAUAUAGAAAGGUGGAGACAUAGAAGCACAAAGAAACAACCUUACGUGUCUUUUUUAUAAAUUAAAAGGGCGGAGAGAUUAAAAAACAGCACAAAUAAACAUCAUACAAGUUAUUUUUUUACAAAUAAGAAAGACGGAAGAUACGUGACAAGGCGGAAUAUCAAUAGAAUAUAAGGUAGUACAAGAUAUGGAGACAGAGGCCAUAAUUUUUAUGUUUUUGGUACUUUUUGUCAGAUACUCAAAUGGUUCUGAUUUCAAGAGAGUUUGUUAUUAUGGAACAUGGACAAACCAGCUUCAAGUAGUAUCAGGCAGAUUUUACAUAAAAGACAUUGAUCCAUUUCUGUGUACACAUGCCGUAUUUGCAUUUGCCAAAGUAAAUACAGACAAGCUUCGACUUGAAAGACUGCAAGUUGAUGGUGAUAAUGGACUCGGGUAUCCUGAUGCGAAAGGACAACUUUACGAUUUUACAAAUAUGAAACAAACAAAUCCGAAGUUAGUAACGCUGCUUUCUAUUGGUGGGGCAACAUCAUCGGAAGCUUUACAUAAUGUAGCGGAGAAUCCCGAACGACGAAACACAUUUGCUAAAAAUUGUCGUAUAUAUUUACGUGACCGGAAUUUUGAUGGCUUUGAUAUUGAUUGGGAAUACCCUGGAGCAUUUAAGGACAAAUUUACAGAACUAUUAAAGGCUAUGCAUUUGGAGUUUGAAAAUGAUGAAGCGAUCAUAAAAAAGAACAAGUCAAGAUUGGUACUUUCGAUAGCAGGGGCUGCAGGGAAACCCAACAUUGACGAAUCUUACAAUGUACCAGAAAUUGUCAAAUAUGUAGAUUUUAUCAACGUUAUGGCGUAUGACUAUUUUGGUUCUUGGAGUAAAGUAUCUGGAUUUACAGGUUCUCUUUUCUCAAGAUUAUCAGAUCCGACCUAUAGUCCGGAAUUAUCGCAAAACUGGACUAUACAGUACUGGAUGAAAAAAGGAGCACCACCAGAAAAGUUAGUGAUGGGAACCACGGCAACAGCUUUAGCUUUAACACUGAAAAGUUCAUCUAAUCAUAACAUUGGAGCACCAGUGAUAAACAGCACUAUUAUAGGUCCAGUAAGGAAAAUGAGGGGCCAGUUGUCUUAUUCUGAGUUAUGUGACAAGGUCAGAGGACGUAGUGGAAUAUGGGACGAUGAACAGAAGUAUACAUAUGUUUAUUCUGGUAACCAGUGGUUUGCGUAUAAUACCCGGAGAAGUAUGAUAGAAAAGGUUAAAUACGCCAAAGUAAUGGGAUUAGGAGGUAUAAUGUUUUGGACAUAUGAUCUCGAUGAUUUCUCUGGUGAACAUUGUGGACAGGGAAAAUUCCCUUUAUUAAAAGCUAUAAAAGAUGCUGCAUCUAAUACUAGUUUUACCAAAGCGCCGACAACGAUAAAGAUCUCUACGAUAGCGCCCACAACGAUAUCACAAACUACGAAAGCUCCAACUAGAAAACCAAGCAAAUCACAGGAAAUAGUAGCAACGAUGAAAGUAACUAGCCCAGAAAAUUCAACAGCAUCUCAGAAUACAAGAACAGAACCACCAUUUGUAUCUUUUGCUGCGACAAAAGAAACAACACAUGUAACUACUGAGGCAACAACAACAGACUUGAUUAUCACCACAAUCCGAACAACACGCAGACCCGCUUUUAUAUUGUAUAAUAUAAAUGAAGCGUCACAUUCUAAAAUUUGUAAUGUUUUAUGGAUGACGAUGGUUAUCACUUCCUUGUUUAUCUGUUUUGGGGAUUAAUUUUUCUUAAGGGAAACAGUGGGCAAAUGCAAUCAUAGACGUUAAAUACUUAGCAAUCACCUUAUUAUAGACGUUAAGUAUUCAACAAUCAACCUAUCAUAGACGUUAAGUAUUCAACAAUCAACCAAUCAUAGACGUUAAGUAUUCAACAAUCAACCAAUCAUAGACGUUAAGUAUUCAACAAUCAACCAAUCAUAGACGUUAAGUAUUCAACAAUCAACCAAUCAUAGACGUUAAGUAUUCAACAAUCAACUAAUCAUAGACGUUAAGUAUCCAACAAUGAAUUAAUCAUAGACGUUAAGUAUCCAGCAAUGAAUUAAUCAUAGACGUUAAGUAUCCAGCAAUGAAUUAAUCAUAGACGUUUUAAGUAUCCAGCAAUGAACCAAUCAUAGACGUUAAGUAUCCAGCACUAAACAAACAAUAGACGUUAAGUAUACCGCAAUCAACAGACGAUAGACGUUAAGUAUCCCAACAAUCAACUAAUGAAAUCGUGUUUCAGUUCUGUAUCAAAUUCAUUAAAGACAUUAUUUUCUCAUGGAAACUUUAAAGGAUGAAUUUAUUUCUCAAUACAAUCUCAACUGUUAACAGCAAACAAAGGUUAACUGGUCAACAAGAAAUACUGAUUAUGUUAACAUAAUUGCCCGAAUCAUUUUUAUUCUUGUUUUGUUGCUUUUCACAUUCAAAUCCCUUUAAAAUUCUGUAAUGUUUCAAUGUUUCAAAUAUAUACCCGGUAUAAAUUCUUCCUUGCAUUUUAUUCAUGUAUAAGUAAAGGGCAAACAAAGUUUGAAAGAAGUCUUUUUGAACAGCUUCCAUUAGUGACAGCAUACGUCCCGGGUUGACAUGUUUUAUCAAUAGAAUUAAAACAAUUUGAACAUAUUUAAAGACAAUUCGGGCCAAUUAAAAGACAACUUAGACCACUAUUUUAAGACAAUUCAGAUCACUUUUAUAACAAAUCAAACCACUUAAUAUUUUGUCUUUAAGUUUAUUCUGUUCUUUCCUCUCAUCAUGUCUUUAAUGUUGAUAUAAUUUAGGUGAGGAUUAUACUUGAUCUUGUUUUAUAAACUGCUAAAUUCCGAAUUACUUAUGUUUUGCCUGGAUCUGUGUGUAAUUAUUUGAUAUUGGUGUGUGAGUUUUAUGCUAUACUAUGUAAUCUAUAUAGCUUGCUGCUCGUUGUGGGCCAAGGCUCCGUGUUGCAGGCCGUACCAUGACCUAUAAAAGUUUACUUUUAUAAAUAGUUAUUCUGUUAGAGAGUUGUCUCAUUGGCACUCAUACCACAUUUUACUAUAUCUAUGAGCUUUUACAAGGCACAACGAAGUUAUCAAAACAAAAGAAUGUUUAUAGAUAAUUAACAUACUAUAUGUCUCGUGUGGAGAGCUUUCUCAUUGGAAAUUAUACACCAUCUU